AUGGCGUCGGGGCCGCCCAAAGAGCAGAUCGCAGAGAUCUUCAAGAGCUUCAAGAAUGCUCAUAAGGCCAACAAGGUAUGCUUUGACUGUGGUGCGAAGAAUCCGACGUGGGCCAGUGCGACCUUUGCGGUGUACAUCUGUCUGGACUGCUCGUCAGUGCACCGCAACAUGGGCGUUCACAUCACGUUUGUCCGAUCGACCAACCUGGAUUCAUGGACGUGGCAGCAGCUGCGUCUCAUGAAGGUGGGAGGCAAUGGUGCUGCGAGUGACUUUUUCGCGGCUCAUGGCGGUAGUGCCUUGCUCGCCUCUUCCACGGAAGGCAAGGUGAAGUAUACAUCCCAGGUAGCUCAGCAGUACAAGGAGGAGCUGCAUCGCCGUGCUAUGCAGGAUGCAGGCGGACUCCCUCUGACGUCUCCGUUCGCGCUUCCUGGUGCAGCGGGGGCUGGAAAACUCGCGAAGACCAAGGACGAUAUGGACUUUUUCGAUGAAUGGGAUGCGCCUGCACAGCCAGCGCCUGCGAUUGCCGAAACACCGCUGGCAGAGGCUGUAACACAGGCAAACACAGUGCCCGUACCAGAGGCUGUGCCUGCACCAGAUGCAGCGCCUGUGGCAGCUGUGCCUACGCCGCGCCCCGUGUCCUCGGCGUCCCUUCGCACGGCACAGCGACCUGGUGGCACGUUGGGCGCUGUACGUGCAGGUGCUGCACGCCCUGGUGCUGGUGCCGGUAUGGGAGCUCGGCCCACCAAGCUCGGCCUGGGUGUGCGGAAGACAGCUACACCUAUCAACUUUGACGAAGCAGAGCGUCGUGUGAAACUGGAGCAGGAACGUGCUGCGCAGGCAGCCCUAGAAGCCCAGGAAGCGGCGGCGGCAGCGCAGGCGGCGGCAGCUGCAGCGGCUCCACCGAUCAGUGAUGCCGCCGUAAGCCAGGCGGAUACCUCGGCCGGGUCUACUUCGGCUUCGCUGGAUACCACCACGCCGGAGAAAGCCAAGAGCCCGGCGCGUGCGAACAUUUCAGGCAACGCGGGCGUGGACCGUCUUGGUAUGGGCUUUUCCCGCUUGGGCUUGGCCCAAGCACGAACCAAUGCAGCACUGCAGUCCAAGAGCGUGAAGAAGUCAGAAGACCCAAGCGAAGAAUCUAAUUAUGCACGCCAGAACUUUGCGUCUCAAAAAUCAAUUUCAAGCGAUCAAUACUUCCAACGUGGUGGAUACGAUCCCAACCUGUCUUCUGAGGCGCAGUCACGUCUUGCGAGCUUCCAAGGUAAGACAUCCAUCUCCUCCAACCAGUACUUUGGCCGGGACGACGACGAUGAGGAAGACCCGGUCGAUGAAACCGAAGACUUUGGCGACUUUGCGGAACUCGAAGCCUCGGCUAAGGCGUACUACCGCAAGAUCAUGGCCAACCCAGAUGUACAACAAGGCAUUGAGACCAUUCGGGCAGGCGCGCUGAAACUGUCUCACUACUAUCGCGUAUCUACGUUUGGAGAAUCACACUGCAAGGCUGUGGGCUGCAUUGUGGAUGGCAUCCCACCUGGCAUUGCAGUCGAGGAGCAGGACAUUCAACGCCAGCUGACGCGACGUCGCCCUGGCCAAAGCUCUUUGACCACACCUCGUGAUGAGAAGGACAAAGUCGAGAUCCUGUCUGGUACUGAGCGCAACGUAACACUGGGUACGCCUGUAGCCAUGAUGGUGCGCAACCAAGACCAGCGCCCGCAUGAUUACACGGACGACACGUUGGAUGCAAUUCCUCGCCCUAGCCACGCUGAUUACACGUACUUGGAGAAGUACGGCGUGAAGGCGAGCAGUGGUGGUGGACGCAGCAGUGCUCGUGAAACAAUUGGACGUGUAGCCGCUGGUGCCUUGGCGGAGAAGUACUUGAAAGACACGCUGGGCGUGGAGAUCGUGGCUUUCGUGUCCUCUGUCGGCCGUGUGACGCUGCCCUCGUACAACGAUGAGGAUGAUGAAGAGCCUUUAUCGAAGGAGUAUGUGGACAUCCUCAACACCGUCACUCGCGAGCAAGUCGAUAAGGAGAAUGUGCGCUGCCCUAAUGCCGAAGUGGCUGAGCGUAUGCGUGAGCGCAUCAUGGCUGCGAAAGAAAAGAAUGAUUCCAUUGGUGGCACUGUGACAUGUGUGAUCCGCAAUGUUCCAGUGGGCCUUGGUGAGCCAUCGUUUGACAAGAUAGAGGCCAAGCUUGCUCAUGCUAUGCUCAGCAUUCCAGCGACGAAGGGCUUUGAAAUUGGCUCUGGUUUCCGUGGUACAUGCGUUCCUGGCAGCAAGCACAAUGACCCCUUUUUCGCUAAGACGGAUGGCACACUGGGUACUACGACAAACUGGAGUGGUGGUAUCCAGGGCGGUAUUACGAAUGGUGAGAACAUUUACUUCCGCAUUGCUUUCAAGCCCCCGGCAACCAUUUCCCAAGAGCAAAACACAGCGCGCUACGAUGGUCAGCCGGCUGUACUUGAGACGCGUGGCCGACACGAUCCCUGUGUCGUGCCCCGGGCCGUCCCCAUCGUCGAAUCGAUGGCAGCACUGGUGCUCAUGGACAUGGUGCUUGCUCAGUCUGCCCGUACGGGUGCGGCAAGCCGUGUGGACCCGGCCGCUGUGAGUGCGCUGCCAAAGAGCAUGAAGAAGUACAACCACGCGUGA